UCCCCUACAUAUAUUAAUUAAUUUGGAUGCUUGCAUUGUCCCCUACAGAUAUUAAUUAAUUUGGAUUAGCUUGCAUUGUUAGCCUACUAACCAAGUACUUGAACCCUCUAGCUAUCACUUUACAAAGACCUUUACGGGAUCUUCAAACAAUAUUAAAGACUUACUCUAUGGGGACAAAUCAUCUUGACAAUUUUGUCAGUGAUGGACCAACCACUGUGAAGAUUGCUGGGGACCCACCUGUGUCUUCAGACAUGCAGGGUGAGGCUGGCCAGCAUGCAGAGUCCUUUCCCAGUGAUAGUGGUGAUUUCAUUCCAAGAAAUAAGAGUUACCUUCAAGAUUACGCUGUCACCCCAUCGUCAAUGGACUCUUGUUCUACUGACUCUGAAACCAUUACUGCUGCCCAACACCUGGUCAAUGAGUGUCUCGACUCUGCUGUCGAGGAAAGGCCAACAUGUAAGCUCGACAUAUAUGAGGUGAUGGCCAGAGCUGGGGGCAGAGAGGAAUGGGACAUGGACCUGGGCUCGCUGGACUUUGAUACGACCUCCAUCACAUCGGAUACAGUCAUGUCCAAAGAGAUGGCUGAAGCCCUGCGGUUAUCUGUGGAGCCCAACAGGUCCCAGACUAGCGGGAGGCCUGCUGUUGUCCAGCAUUUCCUCGCCGCAUGUCAGCGGCUCAGGGGCCUCUUCAGGGAGUGCUCGUGUGUCCGAGUCUCAUCCGCAGGCCGUCAGCCCGAGCGGCCCCGUACGGACAGGUUUGCGGUGUCCAGUGGCGUUUGACGCCGUGGCCACAUCGAGGAGACGGCUGCCUCAGGGUGUGUCGACCUGACCGCAGCCAUUGAUGCCAUGGAGGCCGUGGUGGGCAGGGUGGUCCUCAGUCAAGAUGAUGCUGCCACCGUCAGGAUCAGGAUGGAGCACCUUCUGUCCACCGGAGCUCUGAGGCCAUUGACAGACAUGUUGGUGGAGCACCUCCGUCACCUCAUUUCAGAGUAUGACUCUUCACUCACUUCUGAGGUGCCUGGCACAUCUGUGUCUGCUUCCACCAUUCCUCAGUGGAGAGAGACUGAUCAUAUCUAUGCCAUCGUUGAAAGAUUUUUGAAGCCCUUCCUUGGCCAGCUUCUGGAAGAUGUCCUCGCUUACUUAAACAAGGCUGAUGUGGAAGGCAGUGAACGUGGCUCUCCUUCAGCAGCAUCUAGGUCUUAUAUUGACAUCACUGAGGACGCGUUGAGUCUUUUGGCCACCAUGAUGGUCCAGGAAAUCAUGGAUGAUUUAUUUAGCAGGCCAGACAAGGAGUCAGGUCAGAGGUCGCCCCACGGACGUUUUACACCCAUGACCGGUGGAGCCAGCGAUCAGGAGGCUGUGGAGGACUGCAAAGCCACUGGCUGUACCGAGGCAAAGGGCAAAACCACUGUGAGCUUCGAGGGAAAUGACUACUUUUCCCUCAUUAGUAAUGUGCUGGUCCAGCUGAUGCGGAAGAUUGAGCCCACCACUGAGGACUCGGCUGAUUUCACAACCUUCCACUGCGCCCUCACUGAAAAGAUCCUCUCAGAGCUGUGCUCGGCAUCAGGCCUCUUAAGAAAUGAGCUGCAUCCACAAUCUGUCAACAUCCAGAAGAUAUGCAAGAAAAUGCACAAGGACCUUUUGAAAACUUUUGUCUCCAAAGACAUGGUCCAUAAGCUUUUAGUUUAUCGGCUCCCUGUGUUCAGCUCGAUCCUGACCAAAUGUUUAGUAAAAGAGCUCCUUCGGUUAAGCCAGGGGGAGGCUGAGAGGGCACAUAGAUGCAAACUAUUUAACUUCCUUCAGAGAUUUCAACUCUGCAGAAAGGUUUGCGCCGCUUUCAAGAAAAAGAACUCCAGAACAAACUUCCAGAGAACCAACAAAGUUCAGCCCAUGGCCGGGGAAGUCACAGCAGAAAAUUAGCCAUCCUGUUAUGAAAAUGGGGGUCAGACUUGCUCAGCGCUCCUAGAGGGAGAUCCCCCGCAUCCUCUUUGCCACACAGGGCCCAGGCUUCUGCCAAAGGCCUGAGGGAGAUGUUGAGUCGAGGUUUUUUUUUUUAUAAAAUGGGAAGAGGUGUAUCCGCCGUUUUCUGCAGUGCCUCACCAGAACGGCUCCCUCACCACACCUUGGAUGUCCAGAACAGCUCCUUCACCACACCU